AUGGAGAGCUUUGACGAGGUAUCCCGCGCCCGGGAUCCUCAGGAGGAGUGCGUUGCGGUCAACAAUGAUCCCUCCAGAACCCCGUCCGUCACAGAUGGCAAUGCGCCAAAGUCGAUAUCGGGGCCUUCCAUCGCAACUUCAGAUACCUCUGUUCUAUCCUCUAUGGCAAACAAGGCACCUACAGAAAAAGAAGGCUCAGCACAUCCAGAGGAUCCACAGCAAGAGAUCUUCAAGCCGUCUCCGGACCCUUCGCCGUACGCCCCGUCAACAUAUGAUUCCUCUACUGGGAUACAGAUGAGUGAGGACGAAGGCGCUGGUGGGGAGGAUGAAGAGCCCCAUAUUGCGACGUCUUUUCAGCGAGAUUCAACACCAACUUCGGCUCAGAGGCGACUAUCCGUGUUCUAUGAUACUGGGAGUGAAAAUAUCAACCGCAUGCAUAAGUUCUCUCUAUACGAAACUGCUAGUCGAUUUUAUAUGGUUGGAAUGGAUUUGUCGGACACCCGGUUCCGGAUAUUGAAAAUCGACCGGACAUCAGAAACCGGCGAUUUGAGCGUCGCAGAAGACGACAUUGUUUAUAACAAGCGGGAAAUGAGCCAGCUGUUGGAUGCCAUUGAUGAUGGGAAUAAGAGUUCUGGGGGACUAAAGUUGAAAUGCAGUGCAUGGGCCUUGCUAGGAUUCAUCCGCUUUACCGGCGCGUACUACAUGCUCCUUGUGACAAAAAGAAGCCAGGUUGCUAUGUUAGGAGGCCAUUACAUCUACCAAGUUGAUGGGACAGAACUUAUCUCCUUGACAACCUCAAAUUUGUCGAAAAUCAAACCGGAGAAGAACCACGAAGAGGCCCGGUAUAUUGCAAUUUUGAACAACCUCGACCUCACCCGCUCGUUUUACUUCAGCUACUCCUACGACAUCACCCGAACACUGCAACACAACAUCUGCCGCGAACGCAAGGCAAACCAGGACGGGCGGCCCGGUAGUUAUCCUCAAGAUUACAAUACGAUGUUCAUAUGGAAUAACCAUCUCCUCGAUCCGGCGCUGUCAAACCUCAAACGACCAUGGGAAUGGUGCUUACCAAUUAUCCAUGGUUAUGUCGACCAAGCAAAGCUUUCGGUGUAUGGACGACACGUCUACAUCACGAUCAUUGCUCGUCGGUCUCGGUUUUUCGCAGGAGCCCGGUUCUUGAAGCGCGGUGCUAACGAUGUGGGAUAUGUCGCCAAUGAUGUUGAGACUGAGCAGAUUGUAUCAGAACAGGCGGCAACAUCCUUUCAUUCGCCAGGUCCGGGGCUCUAUACAAAUCCCCUGUACACAUCCUAUGUCCAGCACCGUGGAAGCAUUCCUCUUUACUGGACUCAGGAGAAUUCCGGCGUCUCUCCAAAGCCGGACAUCGAACUGAAUCUGGUGGACCCCUUCUACUCUGCAGCGUCUCUGCAUUUUGACAACCUGUUUGACAGGUACGGUGCGCCGAUUUACGUUCUGAAUUUGAUCAAAGCGAGAGAGCGAACGCCGCGAGAAUCCAAACUUCUGAAAGAGUACACCAAUGCGAUCAAUUAUCUCAACCAAUUCCUUCCAAAGGACAAGAAGAUCAUCUACAAGCCAUUCGAUAUGAGCCGGGCUUCUAAAAGUCGCGACCAGGAUGUUAUUGCGACACUCGAAGAUAUUGCAGGCGACAUAGUUCCCAAGACCGGAAUCUUCAAGAACGGCUAUGACGUAGAAUCGGGUCUGCAAUUACAAAACGGUAUUGCAAGGACCAACUGCAUCGACUGUCUUGACCGUACCAAUGCCGCUCAGUUUGUGGUUGGGAAACGCGCACUUGGCCAUCAACUCCAUGCUCUAGGUAUCAUCGAGGGCACGACCGUGGAGUAUGACACUCAUGCUGUUAACCUCUUCACGACGAUGUGGCAUGACCAUGGUGACACGAUUGCCAUCCAAUAUGGCGGGUCACAUCUAGUCAACACCAUGGCGACAUACCGCAAAAUAAACCAGUGGAGCAGCCACUCGCGAGACAUGGUGGAAAGCUUCAAGCGAUAUUAUAACAACUCAUUCCUGGAUGCUCAGCGUCAAGAAGCAUACAACCUCUUUCUCGGCAAUUACAUUUUCUCUCAGGGACAACCAAUGUUAUGGGAUCUCUCUACGGACUACUAUUUGCACCACGCAGAUCCGCGGUCCUGGUCAAAUAGAAAGCGACCGAACUAUAUCUGUUGGUAUACGCCGGAGAAUCUGAAACAGAAAGAGCUACCACCUGCGCCCCAGAGGCCGAAGGAGCCUUUAUCGUGUUAUGAUGAUUACUGGCUAGAAUAUUAUCGACCGCUAGCCAUCUCAUCGUUCCCAAAGAUCUUCUCUUAUAGACUUAAUACCAACAAGCAUCGAUGCCCACCCCUCCGCCCCGGUCUCAGUCCAUUCGACGUCUGGAUCCCACACGAACAAGUCAACCGCGAGCGACACCCACAACGAGGCGUCAAAAUCCAAGAACCGUCCGACGACUCCAUGCAAACGAACACAUCAGAAUCCCAAAAAAACUGGCAAUACCAACAACCCUCCGCCGAAAAAUGCCCUCCAGCAGGCGGCAUCAUGAAAGAACCCCGCCCAGCCACCAAAACCUCCCCAUCCUACGAAUCCCAAUUACAGCCUCAACUACCCUCAACACCCAGCAAAGCCCAAAUCGCGCAAUGGACGCUCGGCCAACUCGUAACAGACUCUUUAAACCCCUCCGUCAAACCCGCCGAAGCGGAGGAAUACGCCCGCUACAUCAACCAUCCCCUCAAAGUGCCCCUUGUCGUGACCUCUGAAGAUGAGUUGAUCGCUCGUGAGAAAGGAGGGUCGAGUUUGGAUUUGCUCGAGUAUGCGAAUACGUGUAAUGUUGAGGAGGGGACGUUGGAGGCGAAUGCGGAACAGAAUGUGGAGGAUUAUUUGGAGUUUUUGGACGUUUCGGAGAGUGGGAUUUCGGUUGCUAAGGAGGAUUAUGAGAAGAAGAGGUACAAGAGGUAUCGGCAGUGGUUGAGGGGGAAGAGCCUGUUCAAGCAGAGAGUGGAUUUGUAG